GAGGUCAAUUAAAGGGUAGACAACAUCGUAUUGCAAGAAAUUAUUUCACCUUCAAAAAUGAUUGAAUUGUCUUGGAAUUGAUUGGUUUUCCUUGGAUAUUUUCAUAGAUGAUUGUGUUAAACUAGUGAAGCAGACACUGCACUAGAAGGAAAACCGAUGAAAAUGCUUGUUGGUCGCAUAGCAAGACCGUGUUCAUAUUUAGUUGUCGUACGCCGCUACUUCGAUAACAUUAUUAAAUCGACCAACCUACAGCAAUUAUUCUGUAAACGCCUUAAAAGAGCCAGCUUGUCGUCCCAGAAAUUUACGUUUGCCACAUGCUCCCGAUUUUCAUUCGAAAGAAGCAGGUAUCAAAGUAAGAAGUUUUUAGGCCUUUUGCAACGUCAUGACAUCAUUGCUUGCUUUGGAGUUGGUGGUGCAUUAGCUUCUGGCAUAGCUCUUUGCUUCUUAGACAAGAAAAGGCAAGUGGAGCUGUUGUGCAAAGCAACUGAAAAAGGAAAUCUGUACGAGUUAAAAAGACUCAUUUCAGAUGGAGCUGAUGUUAAUGAAAAACAUCCGUUGGGCUGGACGGCACUCCAUGUUGCAGCAGUCAAUGGAAACCCAAGGGCCGUUCAAAUACUGCUUGAAGCUGGUGCGGAUCCCAAUGUCAUGGAUGAAUUUAGCACUCCGUUCAAAACAGCCUCUAGGCUUCACAAAAGAGUAAUGGAAGUCAUCAUUGCAAGAGAAGAUGAGUUUUCUAACCGACUAAGCAAGAAUGCAGACUUUUCUGGCUUCACUCCUCUCCAUUAUGCUGCAUUGGCUGAUGAUUAUGAAAGCAUCAAAUUACUUCUAGACGCGGGCGCUGACCCAACGCUGACUGAUGUAACAGGUCACACAGCAUCAGAAUAUUGCGCAAGGGAUCAAAAUAAAAAGCUUAUAGAGUCAUUUUCAACACUGUUUAUCGAAAAGAAGAAAAGAAUGGAAUUAGAAGAAAGGAAGAGAUAUCCUCUGGAAAAAAGGUUAAAGGAAGUUAUAGUAGGCCAGGAAGGAGCAAUAACAGCAGUCGCCUCAGCAAUUCGAAGAAAAGAGAAUGGCUGGUAUGAUGAAGAUCACCCUUUGGUAUUUCUCUUUUUGGGCUCCUCAGGAAUCGGAAAGACUGAACUUGCAAAGCAGCUGGCUAGAUACCUUCAUAAAGAUGACAUAAAGAGUUUCAUUCGCCUUGAUAUGUCGGAAUUUCAAGAAAAACAUGAAGUUGCAAAGAUGAUUGGGUCACCACCUGGAUACAUUGGCCAUGAUGAAGGAGGACAAUUGACCAAAAAGUUGAGGGAGUGUAACAAUGCAGUAGUAUUGUUUGAUGAGGUAGAUAAAGCACAUCCUGAUGUUUUGACUGUAAUGCUGCAGCUUUUUGACGAGGGUCGCCUUACAGAUGGAAAAGGGAAUACAAUUGAAUGCAAGAAUGCUGUUUUCGUUAUGACAUCAAACCUGGCAAGUGAAAGAAUAGCUGAGCAUGGAGUUGAACUUAGAGCUGUAGGAAAAGAAAAUGCAGAAAAGAAGCUCUACUUCUCGGAACUAGAAAGUAAUGCUGAAAAUGUUGUUAUUUCGAGAAAAUUCAAAGAAGAUGUCAUAUAUCCAAUAUUAAAGAGCCACUUUCGAAGAGAUGAGUUCCUUGGAAGGAUAACUGAAAUAGUAUACUUCUUACCAUUUUCAAGAGCAGAGCUGAGACAAUUGGUUCAAAAAGAAUUAGAGUACUGGUUAAAAAGGGCUUUAAAGCGCCAUGAUAUUAAACUUGUUUGGGACAGAGAGGUUCUUGACGUUCUAGCUGAUGGUUAUGAUAUUCAUUAUGGGGCGAGAUCCAUCAAACAUGAGGUGGAAAGGCAAGUGAUAAAUCAAAUUGCAGCCGCACAUGAGAAGGACCUUAUAAGCUCAGGAUGUACGUUGAAAAUAGCCGCAAGUUUCAAGAGCCCUGAUGAGGUUUCGGAAAGCGAAUCAUUAACUAGCCCUAGAAUCAAAAUCCAACUAAUGGAAAAAGGACAAAAUAAAGACCUUAAUAUUGGCAAUGUCUAUGAGCCUGAUAUACCAGUUUUCUUUUGAUUGAUCUAAAAAAAAAUAUAUCUUAU